UAUUCAUGAUAGAGGGCAUUUCUGACUUUUUAAGGCUCUACCUCAUUCACUAGUUGAUACAUUAUAUAAUGACAAAAUUGAUAAGCAAAAGAAAUCAUACUACUCAUAUCAUUGUGAGAAUAUGGAGUCCCAAAGCUGCACUCAAGAGCAAGGGAAAGUGAUAGUUCAAGACAAAAACUCAGGCCUGGGAUUGGGAAAUGUGGUGUGCAAGACUGGUAAAGGCUGGACAUGUGUUAUAACUAGGACUACUGGACCUGAUGCUGGCAAAGUUUUUGUUAAAUGCGGUGAAAAUUGCACCUGCACACUUGAUGGUGGAGCUGUGACACCUGAAAUUGAGACUAGCACUGACAAUGGCAGUGAAACAUUCUGCAAGUGUGGUGAAGGAUGGAGUUGUUCCAUUUUUAGGACUGAAGGUCCUGAUGCAGACUCAGGCAAGGGAUUUGCUGAUUGCACUCAACAAUAUAACUGUGAUUGUAAAUGUUGAUGACCAAAUUGUCCCUAGAGAUUAGAGAAGUGAUUCACUAAGGGACUUUCAAGCUAAUAAAAUAUCAAGGUUAAUUAAUUUGUACUAAAUUUGGUUUAUCAUCGGUAUUAUGUGUGAUCGGCUAUGAAUUUGGUUUGCUAGAUUUUGUAAUUAGUAUGUGUUUGGUUGUAAUACAAUAGUAUGUGUUUGGAUUGAUCUUGUAAUGCAGUGCAGACACCUCUGUUGUCUCUUAAAAUUUCAAAUUUGAUUCCUUGUUAGUA